GAGCUGCGAGCCAAGAGAGAAACCGUGUGACCUGAGUCAACACGGUAAAUCUGACACAAAUUGGAGCCAUACAGCACUGAAAUCGCGAACCCUCUCAUCACAGCACAGACCCUGGAUAUGGCUACGUCUAUACUUGGGGAAGAACCACGGUUUGGAACUACACCUCUAGCGAUGCUGGCUGCAACUUGUAACAAAAUUGGCAACACCAGUCCUCUUACAACUUUACCUGACUCCAGCGCUUUCUCGAAAGGUGGAUUUCACCCGUGGAAAAGAUCCUCCUCCAGCUGCAACUUAGGAUCCAGUCUGCCCGGUUUCACGGUAGCGACGAGCCGCGCUUCGACAGGACUAACACAGACCAGUGGCACGAGCAACAGCGCCUUUUGCUUAGCCUCCACCUCCCCGACCUCGUCUGCGUUUUCCACAGAGUACAGCGGUCUGUUUUCCAACUCCGCCAGCGUCACGACCCAGGAAUCUGGACAGUCAGCUUUUAUCUCCAAAGUCCACACAUCAGCAGAGACUCUGUACCCGCGCGUGGGGAUGGCGCACCCCUACGAGUCGUGGUACAAGUCGGGGUUCCACUCAACCAUCUCCGGUGACGUUACCAAUGGUGCGUCCUCGUGGUGGGACGUUCACACAAAUCCCGGGUCGUGGCUCGAUGUCCAGAACCCCGCGAGCACCCUUCAGACCUCUCUGCACUCCGGCACCCCGCAGGCUAUCCACUCCCAGCUGAGUGGCUACAACCCGGACUUCUCCUCGCUGACCCACUCGGCGUUUAGCUCCACUGGAAUCAGCCCCUCUGCGUCUCACCUACUGUCCACCAGCCAGCACCUGUUAACGCAGGACGGUUUCAAAACAGUCAUCCCCUCUUACACAGACGCUUCUGCCGCCAACGCCAUGAUUUCAGGGGGCAGUUCAGGAAUAAGUAGCUCCUCGAGGUCGUCCAGGAGGUACUCUGGCAGAGCAACAUGCGACUGCCCGAACUGCCAGGAGGCUGAGCGGCUGGGGCCCGCCGGGGCCAGCCUGCGGAGAAAGGGACUCCACAGCUGCCACAUUCCCGGCUGCGGUAAAGUGUACGGAAAGACGUCUCACCUCAAAGCGCAUUUGAGAUGGCACACCGGCGAGCGGCCUUUUGUCUGCAACUGGCUUUUCUGUGGCAAAAGGUUCACUCGGUCCGACGAGCUCCAGAGACAUCUGCGCACCCACACCGGCGAGAAAAGGUUUGCUUGCCCGGUUUGUAACAAGCGCUUUAUGCGGAGUGAUCAUUUGAGCAAGCACAUCAAAACACACACGGCAGGUGGAGGAGGCAAAAAGGGGAGCGACAGUGACACCGACACCAGUAACCUGGAGACCCCGAGGUCCGAGUCCCCAGAACUUAUUUUGGAAGGGGUGAACCCCAGAAUUACUGUUAAGGAUCCGUCUCCUCACGACGAACCCUGAGGCAUCUCCCAAAAAUCAAUCCAGAUUAAAACAAAAAACACACAAAAAAUAAUAAUAAUAAUAAUAAAAACUGCACAGCAAUGAAAACGGGUCUUAUCUGACGGACAGUAAAGGGGAAAAUGUUUCCAGAAGCGAUAGCAAAAU